AAUGAAACUGUGUAUGGGCUUGUGCAGUGUAUUCCCGACAUGUCGUCCGCGGAUUGCGACAAGUGCAUUGGUGAGGGUUUGGAGCUGAUCUUUGAAGCGAGGAUCGGAGCAAUAAUAUUUAGGGGUGGUUGUGUUUUGCGAUAUGAGAAUUAUAUUUUCCUUAAUUCGACGGCUAAUGCUUCUCCCUCCUCAUCUCCUCUACCAGUGCCAACUGCCGGGAAAGUUGUGUAAUGGACAAAGCAUAGCAGUGAAGAGGCUCUCAAGAGAUUCAAAUCAAGGAGACCUGGAAUUCAAAAAUGAAGUUCUUGUAAUGGCCAAGCUUCAACACAGGAACUUAGUUAGGCUGCUAGGGUUUAGCUUGGAUGGAAAUGAAAGGCUUCUCAUCUAUGAGUUUCUACCAAAUGCCAGUCUUGAUCACUUCAUCUUCGAUCUUGUCAAACGCACAAUUUUGGAUUGGAAAACACGAUACAAAAUUAUAAACGGUAUUGCUCGAGGAUUGUUAUACCUCCAUGAAGAUUCCCGUAUUCGAAUAGUUCAUCGUGACCUUAAAGCUAGCAAUAUUUUGUUGGAUGGAAAAAUGAAUCCUAAAAUUGCAGACUUUGGCAUGGCAAGGUUAUUCAAAUUAGACGAGACUCGAAGGCAUACCCAGAGAAUUGUGGGAACUUAUGGUUAUAUGGCUCCAGAAUAUGUAUUUCACGGACAAUUCUCACCAAAAUCAGAUGUGUUUAGUUUUGGAGUUCUAAUUCUUGAGAUUAUAAGUGGCCAGGAAAAUACCAAUUUUUGCAUCGACAAUGGAGAGCAAGACAUAGAUCUUUUGAACUUUACAUGGAAAAGUUGGAGAGAAGGAAAACCUGAAAAUGUAAUAGAUGAGGCACUAAUAUCAGGUACCAACGUUGAAAUGUUAAGAUGUAUUCAAAUUGGAUUAUUAUGUGUUCAAGAGAACGAGGUGGAUCGACCAACAAUGGCUGCGAUAGUUUUGAUGCUAAACAACUUCCCUCUCACACUCUCUCUUCCCUCUAAACCUGCCUUCCUUUUGUACAGUAAUAAUGACGUCUACUCAAAUACACAUAAUUUCCAAACUGCUACUCUUCCAGCUUCACAAAAUGGUAUGUCCGUUUCUGAUUUUUAUGCUCGUUAACUCUCUGUAUGUAGUUUCAUCUGUUACGAUAUAUUUCAUCUCGAUCGAUAUAAAAAUCAUUGUGAGUUCUGUAACCUUUAAAUUUUCUACUUACAUAUGUGUAGUGUUCGAUCGAAAUGUUUUAAGUUCCAUUUUAACCAUUUUGUUUUUUGCUUUCUA